AUGUUUGCAGGCUCUAAAUACCGUAUUGAAUUAUCAAAAUUCAGCUUACUUCAAGAUUAUAAACAAAUGACUAUUUCGCUUCGUCGUUCCCUAGAAUUGGUGAUAUCAGCUGUGCUCUUAAUUAGUGCAUACCUGCAGUUCACGCGAGAUCCAGACUGGUGGAUUUACGUCCCUAUUUAUGGCCUUGGCGCAGCACUCUGCUUGUUCCCUGCUCAGAACUCAGUUUGGUGGCGGUUUUCAAGCGCAGUAGUUAUAGUUUUUGGAGGUUUACAGAUUGCAUUUAUAUCCUGGUCCCUCUGGCAUGUUUCCAAAAUCGCGCUCUCUGAAAAAUUCGAAGAGGUAAGGCUUCUGCAAAUUUAUGUUUAUGUCCUGGAAGUUCCUCCCGUUGUAUCGGCAUUUCGAAGCAAAAUUCCUCCAUCUUAA